AUGGAUGUAACUCAGCCAGAUAUAGAGUUGCAAGGUAUCGGAAAUACAACCGAUUUCGAGGCUCAAAUUCUUGCUCCUGUCCGCACACGUUUCACCCGCGGCAAUAGCUUCUUCUCUGGGAGAGUACAAACCGGACUGAGCACAAGUGCUGCUAGUAUCAGAUCACACUGGUCUGUUCAGUGGAUCGCGCGAUGGACCCCGAGGCAGCCGCCACCCGCGGCAAAGCCCUCGCUAUCUGGCGAGAGAGUCGCCUCGGCGGCGCGAGAUGAGUACAUUGCGGCUCUCAUGGGAAGUGGGACUGGGUCUGAAAUUGUGGAGGCUGCAUGUCAAUGGCAGGUCGGCUUCUUGGAGUCCCAGAUCAAAGAAGCGUGGAUCCCAUUGUUCCGCCGGGUGUUGAAGGGUGUCGACACCACAGGUCUGAAACCGAGCGCUGAUGAGCUGUCCAUCACCUUCCAAGUCCUUGCUGCGAUGGUGGAAGAAUUUCGUCGUGAUGACCGGGCUUUGGUACAGAUUGUUGAUGAGCUCUACAAUAGUGGAGUUCUGAUUGAAACAGCUGAACCCGAGGAUUCUGACUAUGAGCGGAACCCAGCAAAUCAGAUGGUCUUUACCGCGCUUGGAAUGAUCAGCAUGCUUUACUCUCCGGAACUUAAUCCCGCCGCCGACAAGUUUCAAAUCAGCACGCGCCAGACACAGAGUUCCCGAACCAGCGGUACUCCUGAGCGGAGACGGCUUAUCACCAGGUCUAAGACAUAUAAAAGCUAUAAAGAGACUCUGGAUUACAAAGACGAGAACGUGGCCUUGCUUCUGCGGCGAUUUGGCACGAUUAUCCCACAUUGCCAACGGUCCAUUUUCGGUGGCCAAUAUUCCCCAGGUCCAGGCUUUGCUCCGCUUAUGCCGGACGUUUCGAUCGAGGUCUCGAGAUUGAAUUACCGGAACCUAUGCAGAGUCGUAGACAUCAAUAUCGAGUGGGUCGACUGCUUAAGUCUUCAUCUGGAAUUCGAUCGAUCAGGGAAGGUGCUCAAGCUCUUCCGGUUCCCUUCCAUCUGCUUAAUGAUGUGUUGCUGCCGAGAGAAGUCAACAUUCGCGCCGAUCUUUGCUGACUCCAUGAGCUACAACAAUCUGCCAACGUCUGAACACGAUGGGGCGAGGGAGUACUAUAAGGAAGUCCUUCUCUCCUACCGGCUCAUCUUCGGCCAGGGCCCAGGAUCAGCAGAGGAUUUCAAGCGCCGUGCACACCUCUGGGCGCCAGCACUGGCAGAGCUUUCCGAUCCCCUUCUUGCUAUCAUUUGUGGUGAGAAUUGGGAGAGCGAGAAGGCAUGGCCGAUAUAUGAUGAGAUCCAAGCAGAGGACACCGCUGAGCGCUAUAGUCCUUCCGAAGACUUCCCAUACCUUGGGAAGCGUCUUCUGAAGAUCCAAGAAUAUGUGAAUGAUCAUCGGCCCAACAAUCUGAGACAACUGUGGCACGACCAAGCGAACAAAUGGAAUUGGUGGAUGUUAUGGGCGUUCGUCAUUCUUGGCUGCCUUGCUCUUCUAUUUUCAAUCAUCCAAACAGUCCUCCAACUAGUUCAACUGAUUUUCACAGUACCUCCACCAGGUCGAUAA